UGAGUCGUGACACUUCUGACCAGACUUUUCUACGGAGAGCAGAUGGUUUUACUGGGGUCCCACUGGCAGUUCUGAGCGGAUGCCCCUGCAGCAGAUCUUCUGAUUUAGAAGGUGAAUGAGCUUGAUGUGUGUCUCAUCUGCUUCACUAGGAUUCUUCGGCGUCUAUGACUCUUUGAGCGUCUUCAGAAGAUCUUGACCAUCACAUCUGGAAACCCCAGUCUGCUUUGGGGAAACAUUGCUGAUGCAGCAGAACGACCAUAUGUCUUAGUAUCAAUACCGUUCAUAGUGUCUGUAUUAUUAACUGACGUCUUAGGUUCUUCUGUUAUCAGACAGGGUUGUGUGUUUGUUAACAUGCCUGACAUGUUUCGACGGACGUCGAAACAUGUCACCAUGUCUAAACCUUUAAUGUUCUGAUGCUGGUUUGAAGAAAAAGUUAGAAGCACCAACUAUUCAUCAGAUUUACAUUUUUUGGUUUGCUGCUUUUGGAUUUUAGUUACAUAUUCCCUAAAGUAAGUCUGUAAAUCAUUUCCACACUUGUCUCACACUUUGCCCCAAUACUGUAUGUGUGUAAACAAAACCUGCAUAGACAACAAAUCACAAAAAUAAAAGAUUAAAUAAUGAAGGAUGGUUCCUCUCCUUAAAAAGGUCAAUAGACGAUCUAAUGUUUGGCCAUCGGGCAGGGAAUUGAUUUAAAUCUGUCUUUGCUUUUGAGAACUGUUUCUUUCAUUGAGUUUAUUUUCCUUUUAUAACACUCACUGACAUUAAAACUUGAUUUUUGACAACCGUAAACCUGGAAAACAGAGUCCAGAUCAAAUUUAGCCCCACAAUUCCAAUGACAAUUAAAGUGUGGAUUGUGAUUUUAACAUGGCUUAGGAAGUAAAGGAGAAAAACCUUUUGGGUUUUCAUUCAUUUGAAAAAAUAAAAAAGCCAGAUUCCAAAGGGACUAACACCUCUCUAGUGAUCUGUGAUGUUCUGCUGUUCUGACAGAUUCCUCACAGAUUUCUAGAUGAAAACGUGAAUGAAUCAGAACCUGCAUGAGGUGUUCUACCACAGCCAUGUGUUCUAAUAAUGGAGCCAAGUCUGUCCUUCACGUUCAUUCACUAUUUGGCUUGGUAUAUCACAGAUCAUUUCCGUUAAGUUUUAAUCUUUAUGCUUCAGAAAUACUUUUACGUUGAAAUAUGCAAUAAAUGAGCCAGCAGGACUGGCAACUAACCCUUUGCCUUGGAAAGAACAACCUCCAUGACACUAAUCUGGACAAAUUGCAACAAAAACCGGGUUGCAUUUUGAAUGUUUGACGGGCUCCGGUGAAAUUCAUGAGUGAAGCUUUGACUGUUUAAGUGUCAUUUACCAAAGUGUUUCAGAAAUAAGUCUUCGUAGUUACUCAGCUUUCCUCCAAAUGUUCUGUGCGCCACUUACAAACACAUCUGUCCUUUUGUUUCAAGCCUUUCUUCAUUCAUUUUUCUUCACUGUAACAUGUUGGUGCCAUCUGUGUUCCAACUUUUCCUGUCAUCCCAGACCGACUCUGUGAAGAUGGGAUCACAGCUUUUUUGAGGCCUCGCCAUCUGCCGCAGCUCCUCGCCAAAGAAUGCGAAACAUGGCAAAUCGGCUUUAAUUUGGGUUGAAAAAUAUUCUGGCCGUAAAUUCAAAGACGACAUUCGCUGUCAGACUCAUAAUGUCUUCUGUGAGUCUGUGCAUUUCUGCAUUGUUCAUCUAACUUUAAAACAGGCCUUCCAGUAUCUGGGAGGGGAAUAUUUCCUGCAGUAACAAGUCAGCAAAAGAAAACGUUUGACUGAGACAUUCGAGGAUUAAACUCUCCAAACCAGACCAUCGUUGCAGAUGGUAACAGGUCCACAACUAGACUUUUACUGAUUGAACAGAGUUCAUAAAACCUCCUGGUCCUUUGUGUUAAGCAUCCUUCUGUCAAAUUCAUCCGAUCAGACACGUCUUGGACGGUGAUGCGGUGGAAAGGGUUCAAACCUUCGUACAGCAGGUGAUGACUAAUGCAGCUGAAGCCUCAGGCAGCCGAGUGGUCAUUUGCUCGCCGGUCUUCGUGCUCCAGUUCCUCCAAUCAGCUCCUGACUCUGCAGGGCUUCUGCAAAGACCUCAGCAAACGCAUCCAUUCCCAGCAUUCCUCUCUGUCUCCGUCCUAACAACCACAUGCUUAUGCACUGUGGCAAAACACAUUUACAGCUCUAAUGUGUCUUUGUCCAGCUCGGAGACAUGUUUACAUUUGUUUGUUAUUUUGGGAACUUCGAUUAUGCAGAAACUGGCAGAAUGUACUGGAACUGACAUUGUGCUGCGUGUAAAAGCUAAGACAACAUUCAGGUUAUGUCUUCAACCUAAAUCUGUAGGUAUUUAUGUUGGGAUACGGUAAAUGGUUUCUUUUUGGAGCUAUAUUUUGGGGACUUACAGUGUUUUCAUUUUACCCAAAUUAUGUUAUUUUUUACCCGAGUUAAAAUAACCCAUCAAGAAGUUAAUCCCUUUUAACAUCAGAGUCGGGUUAAAAACAACCCAACUUGGGUUGUUUUUAACUAUGGAGUAUUUAGAGUGUGAGUGUUGUUUCCUGUGUGAAUGUUUAAUUUAUAAUAUAAUACUUUUAUUUUAGACUCAGAUGCGGUCCAUAAAAAAAGAUACAGAUACAGCAUACAUAAUAAAAAGCAAAGAAUAAAUAUUAAAAAAGAGCAUAAUUGCUGUAUCCAGUGUUUCAUAAUAUUUCAUAUUUCUCAGUUCUCUGCACAGCAUGCAUUUAACUGAAAGCCUAAGGCCUGUGUGUCUUUCUGCUUGACCCAUUUUUUCUUGAGAUUAAGUAAAUGCACAGCUGCCGUGAUUUUGUUCUUUGGAGACAUGAUCAGUAUCAACAUUUUCAUGCAAUUAUACAGUUUUAAAGUGAUAUGAGCCCAAAAAAAGAUGAUUUCUUUUAUUAGUAAACUGUCAACAACGGUUUAUUCCCAUGUUAGCCUUGAGUUACUCUUAUUUGCCAUAAAUUGUUCUUCAUCUUGUAGAGAAAGAUUGAAAACUGUUUCUUUUUGUUCCAACACCAGAUUCUUCCUGUUCGGGAUUGGGGAAAGAUCUCUGCUUUUCCUGCAGGAUGAGGGACACAUGCAUGCUUUGAUUAUGAAAACUACCCUUCUGCUCUUCAUGAAUGAUUCAGAGAGGGGAGCCUGUGCGCCCAGGGAGGCGCAAACGAAGAACCGCACUGUCGCUCGCGUAAAUGUGCGCAGAGGGGAAUCCUCAUCCUGUGCCGCUGCUGUCACGCAUGAGGGGAUUAGAAGCGCCGUAAUCCCGCGCUCACAGUGCAUGCGCAAACCCAAGUGCGCGCGCCUGUGGAGGGGCUGCCCGCCGGUCAUUCAGCGAUAUCCUCCUAAACGUCUGAAGACACCAGCAGGACUGACGUCAACACGCUCCCUCCUGUUGGGCCUCGGGAGCUUCGUGGCAGAAAUUCACCAGCGAUGCAAAGGAGCAGCUCCUGCUUUGCCGUCCCCUCUUAGGGCUCCACACCUGUCCUCACACGUGAAGAGCAACACGUCACAUGUGAGGGUCUGCACCAUGUCCAAAUGUGAACUGAUUGAGCUGAAGGACCUCAGUUUAAAUGAUCCCAUCGAGCUGGCGGCUCCAUCCGUCCACAACACCCCGCCACCCGUAAAGUCAGGUCAGACCAGCCACCACCGCGUCGUCCGUCUGGUUGGCGACAUCGUCAACAUCGAGACUUCCGUCCACCACCCAGAAGAAGCUGCUCUUGGUCACAGUUUCCAGCCCUACAGCUACACACACCUCACCUGGUGUGACCUUUGUGGGGAAUUCAUCUGGGGUCUUUAUCAAAAGAGUUUGCGCUGCACCAAUUGCAGUUACACUUGUCACUACCGCUGCCAACCCUUCAUCCAGCUGAAGUGCAGCGCUCCUGGAAGUGGAUCAACAGAGACCGACACGGAUGACUCCAUUGAGAGCGACACUAAUGUGGAUGAACAGAUUACAAUAGGUUUACACGAUCUGACUCCUGCAGAGAUUCAGCAAAGGGUCAAAGAGUAUAAUGCCCAGAUUAAUAACAAUCUGUACAUGGUGGAUAAUAAAGAUGGCUCCUUCACUGGUUUCAUCAAAGUUCACUUUCAGUUGGUUCGCCCCGUCUCACUGCCUCCUCUUCCUCAGUGCCAGGGUCUGGUGCAGGGGGAAGAGCAGCAGGGCAGGUGCAUGAAGCGACGGACAUCUUUCUACCUCCCCAAAGACAGCGCAAAGCACCUGCACAUAAGCUCGGAAACACGGGUACGAGAGGUCAUCCAAGCGUUGCUCAACAAGUUCACCGUGGUGGACAACCCAGCAAAGUUUGCCUUGUUUGAGCGCACAGAGAAACAGAGCUAUGUGUCCAUGCGUAAACUCUCUGCCGACGAGCGUCCUUUACACCUGCGCUUGUGUGCCGGCCCCAGCGAAACCCUUCUGUGUCUGGUUUUAAAGGAGAACGACACAGGAGACGUAAACUGGGAUGCCUUUAGCUUUCCCGAAUUGUGCAACUUUCUGCAAAUCUUGCAGCGUGAGGAAGAAGAGCAUGUGCGGCAGAUUGUGAGACGCUACACUCUCGCUAAAGAAAGGAUAAAACAAGCCAUGGCUCAGAUCAACACUCCUGGUUGACGCCUAAUGCUUCAGCAGAUCAAGAAGGACCGCCUCCUGCCUGGAUAAGCAAAAAGGGAAGGACAGAACUCAGGCAGUCACAGCGGUUUGAAUGCACAAUAAUUAAAAAAAUGCUUUCAAAGCAUGUUUAUUAGGAAAAUCCAACCAAUUUGGACUUUUUUGAAUUUCAUAGACUUAAGGAUAAAAAGAUUAACAUGGACUUAAACGUUUUUUUAAUGCUGCUGAAUUAGGUUAUUUAUAGUGAUAAUAAAGUAAUACUGACAUCAGGUCAUUUUAUGAAAAGCUGUUUCUAUAUCAAGCACUUUAAUCAGCCUGUGAAACUGAGACGUCUGUGUUUUUAUUCUGUGUAUCUAAUAAAUGAUGAAUUUUCAAGAGA